AUGUCUGAUUAUAAUAUCCAUCCUGGUGGCUCACUCAAGCUCAAGGGCGGUGUCGCUGACGGUGGCAUCGUGAAAAAGAAGAAGUCUUCGAAAUCCAAAUCGAAGGAGAAGGAGAAGAUAGCUGAGAGAGAACGGUUGAAGGAGGUUGAAUUGCUCUUGAGGGAAGAGGAGGCCAAGGCUGAAUCUCCUUCCGGGAGCAGCAGAAAUUCACCGGCAUUAGGGAGCAGCAGCGAUAAGAAGACUGCGGCUGAGAAGAGGUUUGAAGAGGUACAGAAGAAGCGGCUUGCAGCCAAGGUGGCGAAAUUGGCGAACAAGACGCACAAAGACCGUGUCAAUGAGUUCAACAAUAAGCUGGAAGCUUUAAGCGAGCACCACGACAUCCCCAAAGUUGGACCGGGCUAA